AUGUUUCUGUCGUACGCCGCCGUGGAAGUAUUCACUUUUGCAAUUUUGUUGAAUAUUUUCUACCUGUAUUCGCCCGUCGAAUCAGACGCAACUGGCCUUAUAUACCAGGGGUGCGAGGAUUGUCUGCAGUCGGAAUGCCACGUCAAGCGUAAUAGGCCGUGCUCGAAAAGAGUGGACCCUGAGUACAAAUUCGUUUUAGUUACAUGUCACACGUGUGAUCCUGCAAAUGGCAACGAACAGUUCUAUUCCAAAGAUGAAUGCAAUAAGGUCUGCCCGCCGUUGAAGAUGUGCGCUUGUGACGGAUUAUGUUACAUGUGCAUAAUAGAAGAGUGCACCGAUUUGACUACAUUCAGGAAUUGCACUGUACAAGAUCAGGUGGGGCUAGAAGAGUGCGUGUAA